GGGACCUGUGGGAAGCAACAGCUGGCUGAGGAAGUGUGUUGAGCCGGAGGUGAGUGCGGACAGAAACGCGUGAUUGUGCAGAAUAAAGUCCGCUCUGCUCGUCUUCACUGACACUUUAUCAGCUUCUGGACGUGUCCAGCAGCUGAUGCAGGUGGCGAUGCUGUGACAUCACACGGCCAAGCGUCCAAUGACAGCGCUCGGCUCAUGGCUGCGCGUGGGACACCACACAGGGCGGACCAAUGAGGAGAAAGGACAGCCGUGAAGGACAGGGCGGGGCGGAGCAGGGGGGGGGGAGAGAGGACCGGGGGCAGGAGGUGGUGAGACGGGCGGGAGGUGAGACGGGCGACGUGUCUCCGCUGCCUGUCUUCCUGUUCCCGUCUGAGCUGCUGUUUUACUGCGAGCAGAGGAGCUCCCACAGGAGAGUGCUGACUCUGUACAACCCCUACAGCUUCAGCCUCUGCUUCAAGAUGAUGUGCACGGCCCCCUCCCUCUACAGGGUGGUGGAGGCAGAGGGCAGCGUCCGAGCUAAGUCCUGCGUGGACCUGGUGGUGCGUCACCUGGACGUCGCCCCCCGCCACCGCGGCCGCAGAGACCGGUUCCGCCUGGAGGUGCGAGGAGGAGGUCGGGCGGGAGGACGGGAAAUCUGGGCCGAGCUGAGGGGGGGCGAGGAGGAGGGGGGAAGGGAGGAGGAGGGGGGAGGGGGGGAGGAGAGGAAGAGGAGGGGAGCAGAAGGCCAGCAGAGGGCGCUGUCUCCUCUGCUGGUGCACACACACCUGCCGACCUGCACAGCUGUGCGCAGUGUGUCUCAGUGGGUGGUGUGUGCGGUGCUGGCGGUGCUGUGUGUCGCAGUGUUGAUGCUCCCCCUCCACACUGACAGCGGCUCUGUGGUUCCACGCUGCCUGCACGUCUCCACCAAUCAGAAGCUGGUCUGCGCCUACACACUGGGUCUUCUCACCAUGGUGUUUCUACGGUAACCAGUGACAUCAGACCGCCACCAUGGACCCUUGUGACCUUUGACCUCCACGUUGUCCAUCACACACACGGACACACACACACACACACACUGGGAGCUGCAGCAGGAGAUGAAACUUUAUUUAAAACGCACACACAGUCCAACCCGCGGCUGGAGGCCUUGAGGAGGGACGCGCGGACGUUCUUUUGUUUCUCAUUUCACUUCUGCUUCUUUGUUGUGACAUCAUCUCCAGAAAAGUUUGGUCUUUCAAGUCAAAUCUGAAAAUAAAUUAAAAGAUUCCUUUGAAUCACUUUAUUCUUU